CUAAUGAAAAAAAAUAUCCCCCCCAUAUUCUCGAUUCUCAAUUCUCAAUACCCAAUGCCAUUUGGCAAUUACAAUUAAUACAAUCCAUAAUCUGCUUGGCUUUUGCAUAAUUUGGACUUUUGUUUCCAUACUUUCUGCACGUCAACUGUCCCUCAUAUUCCCGAUUUUGUAUCGCGAAGUUCGUCGAGUACCUACUUCCUGCAUCUUCUCCACAAUAUCAACAUUCCACAUAAACAAAUUCCGGGGGAUACAUCCUCCGCACCACAAUGCCUUCUUCAGAAAGAGAAGCCUCUCGUGAUGGCGAUAGACUUGCUCUUGUACACAGAAGUUCUGCGCAUUCCAUAGGUUCAAUAGAUUCUGGACGAGCAAUUGUUCCAAUGUAAGCUUUUAGUUAUGUCAUCUAUUGAUUGACGCGAUUCUAACCAUAUAUUUACAGGUGGGACAGUUCUGAUCCAGAACGUGCGCCUCCACCACUUCCUAUGAAUCCAUCGUCGCCGAAUGUUUCCUCACGAGGAACGUCGGCAGCCAUCAAGUCCGCACAUGCAGCGCUUACUGAAAGAGCUCGCGAUAAUACCUAUAACAUAACCAUACCACCUCCGAAACGCCUCACAGAACCAUCUCCUGAGCGUUUACUGAUUAAGGGUACUGCUCCCAAUCACAAACGAAUGCAGUCGCUACAGAAUGGCAAUGUUAGAGAUCUGAGUAGUUUCAUUGAGAGCGGAACUUUUGGUCCUUUGAAACCUCCAGAGAAGUCAUCGACAAGACCUGCCACACCACACGCCAGCAAGGAUUUCGGACUGGAGCCACCAGAGAAAUUUUCCGACCGGAUGUCAGAUAAGGAUUCCGUUCGAGCUACUACACCCACCAAAAACCAAGCCGAAUCCCCUAGGGAAAGACGAAACUCGAUGCAUGUAAGACCUUCACUGCGCCGGCCACCCCACAGCAGUAUGUUUGGCGAGAAUACUCCUCCUCAGUCUGCGACAAUGCAGGCUCUUCACAAUAUGACGUCCAAGGAGACAGAUCCACCUCUGGCUAACGUCACCAAUGGCUCUACUGCUUAUUCACGACAACCUCAAACAUUCGAUGCCAUCUCAAAUCAAAUUCUUAGUCUCACCAGUAUUUGUACUAGUCUUCAGAGAGAGAUGGCGCAAUUGAGUAGAAGAAGUAAGGACAACGCGACGGAUCUAGUCAGCCUUAAAGAAGCGACGAAUGCCAGGGAUGAGGAUAUACGAAAGAGUCUCCGAGAAUUAGUGACUGGCCUGUCUGAUGCUGGCUCCGAGCGUACAUUAUAUGGAGGCAACAAUCAUUUCGCAGAGAGCAAGGGACGUGCAUCACCAUCCUCAUCACGAAACUCGAAAGGAUUUUCCCUUCCUCGGAUCCCUAGCCCCAACAGUUUCGCUGCCUCGUUAGAUCGAGAAACGUUAUUAUCAACUCCAUUCACGAGAGAACAGAGCCGAGAACAUAGUAGCGACGCUGUUGCACAUGCUGCUACUGUGGCUUUGCUCGAGAAGAUACUUCGAGAGAUGGGCACGAAGGAAGGACAGGAAUUGUUAAUAUCUCGACUUACGGAAAUAGCUGCGCAACUUGGCCGAGAAGGGAUGUCGACGGCUAAAAAGCUAGAGGAGUUAGUGGAGUUCAUCAAGAAGAACACUGAGAUUUCUCAAGCUCUCAUUGCCCAUCACCAGAACAAUGGUGAAGGAGAGACCAGAGGACGUAAAUAUAGCUUUGAGGAGGAUGCGCCUCGACUAGAACUAGAUUUUGACAGGCCACCUUCUGUUGCGCAAAGAUUAGAGGCUCUUGUUGCCAAUGGAGUAGACAGGGAGAGGCGUAAGUCCCAGGGACCCAGUCGCUCAGGUGAAAUACUGAGUGACGAUGUCCUUCAAGUUAUACGAAGCCUUAAGGAUAGCGUCGCUCAGGGAGGUGGGCUAACCGCUGAAGUCAAGGCAUUGGUCCGAGAACUCCGUGGCGAAGUUUUGGGUAUGGGAAGAGAGAUCGGAAGGAAAUUAGACCAGGCCAGUAAAGAUGGAGUUUCAAAUGGUGCCGAUGUCACUGGUGUUGUUCAAAAUGGUCUGGAGGAAUUGAAAGAGCAUAUGAACCAACUAAUUCGGGAAAGUCGUCGACAAAAUUCGGCCUCUGCUGCCACGCAAAAGAUCGACUACAAAGAAGUUUAUAACGUUGUACGGUCAGCAGUAACGGAAAAAUCUGAAUCGAAAGAAGAUAUCAUCGACGCAGUCAGAGAAGCAUGGGAAAAUUAUAAACCCGACAUCGAGUUGCAACAUUUUGGUCUCGAGAGAGAAGAACUUUUGGUGUGCUUAAAAGAAGGUAUCCAGGAGUUUGCGCCUCAAAACGAACCAGGAGCAACAAGGGAUGAAGUCUUUGCCGCAGUCAUCGAAGGAUUGAAGCAUUUUACUCCACCUCCAGUCGACUCUGAAUCUCUUACUAGAGACGAAAUUCUUGAUGCAGUUCGUGAGUGCCUUGAGGAGUUUGAGUUUCCUGCUGCACCAAUGCCAGAGCCUCGCGAACCUGAAAUUACCAGAGACGAUAUGCUUAAUGCUGUCGCUGAAGGCCUUCGAACCUUUGACUUUUCUGCAAACCCAACGGCACUAAGUGCGGAGGUUCUCCAAGGGUUCACGCAAACUGAAAUGAUCCAAGCCGUUAGGGAAGGUCUUAAAGAGUUUGACUUUUCUGCUCUUGAUCGCGAUAAUGAUGGCAUCACACGGGCCGAUGUGGUGACGGCUAUCAGAGAAGGGCUUCAAUCAUUUGGCCUUGCCAAUCAGAAUCGUGAGAUUGACGGAGGUGUUACCCGAGAUGAUGUGGUAGGCGCAGUCAUUGAAAGCCUACAUACAUUUGACUUUUCCGCCCACAUGCCUCAUCACAAUGAAGAAGCCAUUACUCGCAACGACAUGUUUGACGCUGUAAGAGCAGGCCUUGAAAGUUAUGAAUUUCCCACUUUAAGUAGAGAGGUGGGAGACAGUAUCACUCGUGCAGACGUCUUCGAUGCCGUGAAAGAAAGCCUUCACAACUUUGACUUUGGUGCACUAAUUCCAGCAUCUGACCCGGAUGAAAACGAAACGGGAAUCUCUCGGGAAGAUGUUUUUGAGGCUGUUAAGGAUGGGUUACAAACAUUUGAUUUCGCCCUUACACGUGAUGUUGGUGGCAACACUGGGAUUAACCGGGAUGACAUCUUUGAUGCUGUAAAGGAGGGUCUUCAUUCCUUCGAUUCUGCUCUGACUAGGGACGUUAGUGGAAGCGGUAGCCUUACACGUAAUGAUGUGAUGGAUGCUGUCAAGGAUGUUUUGACCACUUUUGAUUCCGCUCUCACCCGCGGAAAUGCCGAAACAGGUGCAACUCGCGCUGAAAUUGUUGAUGCAAUGCAGGAAGUUAUGACCAAGUUCCAUGGCUCUACCAUAACUCAAGGCCCAAGUCAAGGCAUCACUCGUGAAGAUGUUGUUGAUGCUGUACAAGAGGUAUUACAAGGAUUCAAUUCAGCCUUGACCAAAAAUGCUGGAGGUCAUGCAACUCGUGAUGAGGUUCUUGAAGCAAUCAAAGUUGGUCUCAAAUCACAGGAAUCUACAGGUGGCAUAACCCGGAAUGACGUUCACGAAGUCAUCAAAGAAAAUCUGCAAGGCCAUCAUACUGGAAAUGGCUUAACUCGGGAUGAAGUUGUGGAUGCUGUUCAAGAGGUCUUAAGAUCAUUUGAUUCCGCAUUAAUUAGAGAGGCUUCCCCGAAAGUUACACGUGACGAUAUUCUUGGAGCUGUGAAAGAAGGACUUCAGGCCCACACAUCCAACGUCACUCGCGAUGAAAUUCUCCAGGCAAUCAAGGACGGUCUUCAAUCAAAAGAACUAACAUCUACGCGGGAGGAUGUUGAUUCUAUCACUCGAGAUGACGUUUUCGAUGCUGUGAAGAACGGAUUUGAGAUCCACGACAUUGGUGGAAGCGUUACCCGGGAUGAUAUUCUUGAAGCAGUUAAAAAAGCCAGUUUCACACGUGAAGAUAUACUUGAUGCAGUAAAAGAUGGCCUCCAAACGUUUGAUUCCGCAUUAACUAGAGGUGUCACCCCAACAUGCACGAAGGCAGAUGUGUUCGAGGCCGUACGAGUUGGUCUACAAUCUCAAAGGUUUCCUUCAUCGGUCACCCGCGAGGACGUUGUUGAAGCCGUUUCAGAUGGUCUUCAGACUUUCAACUCAGCCAUUGUUAGCGUUAGAGAGGCAAAUGCUAGCAAAGGAGAUGUCUUUGACGCUGUCAAGGAAGGCUUCGAAACGUUCAAUAACGCUCUUACCCUUGACAUACCCGUAGGCGUCAGCCGUGAUGACGUCUUGGAUGCAGUAAAGGAGGGACUACAAACUUUUGACUCGGCGCUCACUCGAGGAAAUGAUGUCAACGUUAACCGAGAAGAAAUCCUCGGAGCUGUCAAAGAAGGCCUUGAGAACUUUGAUUUUACCGCUGCUAAGGCAUCCACGGCAUUAACCCGGGAGGUUACAGAAAGCAUUACCCGUGAUGAAGUUAUCCAAGCUGUGGAAGCAGGGUUGGGAAACUCACCUCAAUCCGCUGACAAUUUCACAGCCCAAGUUUCUGCACGUAUACAUGAAAUCAUGGAAUCUAUGCGAAACGAUUUCAAGGCAGUAUCGGAUGAAGCUAAGCAAAAUGCUGCUGCGAAUGGACGAGACGCUGAGAAACUCCUUGAUGCAACUAAAGAUGGAUUUGAGAAACUCCGCUCUGAUAUUGAGGCUUAUGUUGAUCGAGCCUCGGACGUCACAGGUAAGGAUGAGAUUCUUGAGAACAUGCGGGAUAACUUCGCUACGCUUCGUUCCGAGGUGGAGGAACUUAUCUCCAAAAGCUCAACUAGUGGCUUUGAGACAGUUAAUGGAGAGCUUGAACAUCUUCGAGGCUCAAUAGCAUCGUCAUUGGUUCGAUCAGGAGCAAGCGAUGACAAGGAUGAGAUUCUUGACGCCUUAAAGGAAGGUUUCGAUGGCAUCAAAGCCAAUAUGGAAGCCUCGCGGUCACGGGAGGACAAGGAAGAUAGUAUGCCGGGCACUGGAGAGAUCAUUGACGCGCUACAGGAUGGUUUCACUGUCCUAAAAACCGAAAUGGAAAAGGUUGCCAACAAACCUGCUGAUACGACUGUCAAUCAUGAGAUCCUUGACACACUUAAGCGAGGUCUAGAAACUGUGCGAGCCGAUCUUGAAGUUCUUAAAGAAAACCAAAAGAACGAGCAAGCCGUGGCGGAGAAUUCUGAGCGUGCUAUAGUCCCACUUACUGAAAACCUAUCCCGUAACGACAUUGAGAAUCUGGAGAUGCUCAUUACACAGCUUGGCAUCAAAGUAGCGGCUCUGGAAUCUACGGAACCACCUAAGCCACAGCUAGCCCCUGGCUCUGUGACCAAAGAAGACUUGGCUGCCGUCGAGGAAAUGCUUCGGAAUGUUCAAACUAAAGUGGAUAGUGUCGUUGCACGCGACGUCAUUCCCGAAGAAGAUAGAAUCAAGAAAGAGGAUCUUGAUGCUAUUGAGAUUUUACUUCACAAUACAAAAGCCAAACUUGAUGAAAUUGAUCCGGAACAAUCUGCCAGGAAGGAGGAUAUUGAGACUAUGGGCGUGUUUGUUGUUGAGGUCCGAGACGGUAUUACUUUAUUAACUGAGCAGCUCGAGGAUGUUCCGAGGAAAGAUGCCACUGCUUCGAUUGAAACUGCAGUGCGUGAGGUUUUGACUGGCCUUGCAGAGAUAAAAGACCAGGUCAAUACCGAGUUCAAAAGUCUUGACAAAGUUACCAAGACAGACGUUGAAGCUGUUGAAUCUGUAUGCCUCGAUAUCAAAUCUGCUAUUGAGCAAACCGUCGUCCCGGAAUUUGCAGCUUUAGCCACAAAAGAUGAGGUCAACGCAAUAGGUACCCUGGUCAAGGAAACCGCAGGCCGAAUUGAAAUACAUGCAACUACGAAUGCUAAAGCUUUCGAAGAGCGACAAGCGGAGACUGUUGGUGUUAGCGAGCGCGUCACAGAAGUCAAGUCUUUCCUCAUGGAAUUCAGAGACGCAGUUAAAGAAAAGCUUGAUGAAGGUAAAACCAAUGUCGAAACUGUGCGCACAUUCCUUGAAGGCCUAGGGGAAACUAUCAAUAAAAAUGGCACCAUCUCCGAAGAUUUACAGGCAAUGUUCCAUGCUAUGACAGAAGAGUUUGAAAAGACUAAUGCUGGUAUGGUUGGAUCUAAGCUCGAGACUGACGAAAAGUUCCAACAAACCUGGGAUAAACUUGAUUCGCAUUUCGAGGAGAAAUUCAGUGAAAUCAUUACCAAGUAUGAUGAGCUCCAGAAUUUCUUAGAAGAAAGAGCUACAGCUGGUGUGGAGAAAACUACAGAAGUUGAGGCUAAUAUCUUGAGCACAAAGCAAGUGGCCGAAGAUGUCAAACUUCUACUCGACACAUUAAUAAUUGCUGUGGCGGAGUCUGCCGAAAAGAUGGAGGAAGCUUCAAAAACAGUCUUUAACCGUGUGGACGAAACUUUUAUCAAAAUCGAGGAAACACACGCCGAUGCUAAGGCCGAGCACCAGCUUACACGUGAGCAAAUAUUGAAGACUUUGGGUGUUGUGGAAGGAGUUCAGGGAACUGUGACAGAGUACAAUCCGCAGAUUCUGGAAUCGAUCAAGGAUGUUCUCAACAUGGCCGUCCAGCACUACGAACAUUCUAAGACUUCAGCGGAGACGAUCCAGAAGAAGAUUGACGAUAUUCCUCCGCCACCUGAGAUUCCACCUCCUGUCGAGUUUCCAAAAUACGAUGACACACCUGUUCAUGAGAAGCUUGAUAAGCUAGCUGAUCACGUACAAGAAGCCGGAAAGUCGAUAGCACAAUUGGAAAUGCUUGAAAAGUUACAAAAGCAAAUGAUGGCAACUGCUGCAGAAGUUUCUCGGUUUGUCUCCACCCAAACUCAAAGAAUUGCAGACGACCAUGAGAGCAAGGAGCAGGCUGCUGCAGAAGCUGCCAUUGCUCUCGAGAAACGUCUAGGUCAAAAGGAACAAGUUGAAGCGUCAAUUGCUUCACUUAAAGGGGAAGAAAGGGUUUUGAAAGAUUAUGUCGCCAAGCUUAAAACUGACAAAGAAGAUUUGAUCCACCAAAAGAUGCGACUUGCCUCCGAUGUCUCUAGUUUGGAGACAGCCUUGAGAAUACGCCGUGAAGAAUUGCAAGAGAUGGAGGAAAGAGCCGAAGGACUUGAAAGACGUAUCCUUGAAGGAGUCAUUGAUCAAUCUCGGGCUCUUUUACUGGCAAAAGGUAACAGGAAAGUUGGAAGAGAUCCUAUGAGUCGCAAGCGGGUUUCUACUCAACGCAGCUCAACGGCUCAUUCUGUCGCCUCAAGCGUCGCAUCAAAAACUCCAUCAAUAACCCAAGAAGCCAUCAACAUCGCUAUGAAAAAUCGCUCUCCAACCAAGGGACCUCUUGCCAACCAAGCCCAGCGACGUAUUCUUUCUUUAAGUCAAAUCAACAACAAUCUUCCCGCUGGAAAUUUCAAACGCAGCCACAGUGUAAAACAAUCAGGUGGUACGACGCCACGAAAAACCAGCUGGGGAGGAGCUCCUAAUAAGACUCGCAAUUACGGAGAAUUGAACAAGGAAAAUUUGGCAUUGAAAGAAUAUGAAGACGAAGAUGAAGAAAAUAAAGAACCGCUUGAUCAUGAUAAUGUGGAAAGAACCGGACAUGAAAGUGAUUCAAAUACGAUGAGGAGAAGUAGUCAUGGGACUACUGUCAUUACAGCUAAUGGAGGUACGGAUAGGGGUUCGGAAUACGCGGAGAGUAUAGAUGGAAGUAGGGAUGCCAACUCGGAGUCGGACUAUGAAACGGAGACGGAUUUAGGAACUAAUAGUCAUUUGGGAACGGAAAGUGAGUUGUCGAAUAGUAGUGCGGGGCAGGAAUAUAAUCCCGUGGUUUUGUAUGAGGGAGAGGUUGCUUGAUUGUCGAUGAGGUGAAGCACCGAUAUCAAUGUGGGAAAGGACAGCGUUGGAUUCAUAGGGGUGGGAAGGAGGCUUCUCUUGUUUUGAUUGAUCGAAGGUUUACUGAAACACACGUCUAAUUCUUGUAUCUUUCUUGGUUUCCUUCGGGGAAAGGGGUGGGAAUUUUUCUUCGUUUUCUUUUUGUUCUUUGCUAGGAAGCAAAGGGGAGUGGAAAGGGGCUUGCGGCAGGACCUACUUAUAC